AAAACACAAGCUAGCUGUGGUCGAGUAGAGGAGUAUGGUUAAGCUGCGUCCUCAGAUGAUGAGGAGAGUGAGUGAGUUUGAUUCAUCUGAUGAAGAGGAGGCAGGGGAGGCAGAGCACACUCCCCUGCAGAUCUCCUGGUUGUCCUUGUCAGUGGUAGAGUGCACUCAGUUUCUUGGCAUAUGUUCAUUGCCAGGAUGCAGAUAUAAAGACAUCAGAAGAAACCUGGAGAAAGAUGUGGCUGAGUUGUGUGAGCAGGGAGUGGAGGAUGUGUUUGUAUUCUGUACGAGAGCAGAAUUGGUGAAAUACAGAGUGCCGUGUCUACUGGAGUGUUAUACGCAGCGGGGACUGAGGGUGCACCACCUACCUUUCCCAGAUGGGGGCACCCCUGAGUUGCCUCAAUGCUGUCGCAUUUUAGAGGAGCUACAGCAGAGUCUGCAAAACCACCACAGGACUGUCAUACACUGUUAUGGGGGUCUGGGUCGCUCUGGGCUCAUUGCUGCGUGCUUGCUACUACAUCUCUCCAUUUCCAUGACACCCAGUAAAGCCAUUGACAUUAUUAGAGAUGUAAGAGGGGGCGGAGCCAUCCAGACUGUCAAGCAAUACAACUUUCUUCAUGAGUUUCGAGAGAAGUUUGCAGCUUAUCAGGAAACCAAAGUGGAGCCAGCCAUUUCAGAGAGAUCUGUGUCCAGAUGAAAACAUCUGAUUUGCUGUGGCCACUCUGCCUUAUGCAGCGUUAAUCGUUUUUACCGACUAGAAGAGAAUAUAAAUCACAACUUUGUCUUUCCCUGUGAUUAUGUAAUUUAAACAUUAAUGGCUUUUUUCUCUAAUGACACUCAACACAGAUUUCUCAUAUCUGAUUUAAAAAUCUUGUUUUACAUUAGUCUUAAACCAGAAUCUACAUAUAAAUCAGUAUGUGCUCCGAGUUAUGAAUUGUUUCACUUUUCAGAAAUAUAUCUUCCAAUGGCUCAAUUGUGCUUUCAAAUGAUCAAAAGUGCUGACCAACCCAGCAGCACAGUGGGUACAGUUCAAUGGCAGGGCAACUGUUCCAAUUGUAUUUUCUUCAUAAUUCUUAUUUCAGUUCAGAUAUUAAUGAGUUAAUUGAAGAUCUUGUUAAUGUGAUUACUGUUUAAACUUUAAGGAAAGAUACCCAUUAAUAAAGCAAUAAUUAAUUGAGAAGUAAUCUGCUGUCUAAAAUAUAGCCUUUAAGGCAGUCUAAGAACUUAAUCUCUGCUUGUGCAGAACUGCACUGGACUUCACUAACCAGACAAAGCUGUGGUUCUUAGUCUGUGUAUAUUUAUAAAUUUGACCUUGCCGAGUUUUUUAAAAUACAAAUGAAGGGAGAAUCUUCAUUUUGUUUUUUAGAUAUGGUCUGGUCUAGAGUAAUUCACUGAUGUUGAUUUCAUCCCUACAACCCUGAAGGGGACUAAGCAGUUCAGAGGAGGGAUGACUUCUUCAGUGUCCUCUAUAAACCCAACACUACUUGAGAUUAGUCUAUGCUAUUGUGUGAGAAGUAAUCACAACACUGUCCAAAUGCAUGUUUAAAGAAGGUGGAACAGUUUUAUUAUCGUUUUCUUUCUGUGGUAUGUGUUUCACUUCUAACUAAAGACACACAACUCAGAACAACGCCAACAGUGCAAACUGCAUCCUCCAGAACUUCUCACACCACCAUCUUUAUGAUAAACUGAGAACUCUUUCAUGUAUCAGAACUACACAGCCUUUCCUCAUUGCUGAAGUAUAAGGUUGAGUUACACUUUGAGUAGAUCAAUUCUGUGAGAAGAUGUUUAAUUUAAAAUUACUAGUAUUUCAGCCUUUUUGGAUACAUAUUCAUUAAACACAUGUUUACACAGAGAGGCUGACUGGAGUGUCACCACUCUGGAUCACUGAACAGCAGUUGGCCUGGCUUGUCUUAGGGUUACAGUCCAAAUGGACCUCUACAGAAAAGAAAGAAAGCCCCACCUGACACCACUGUUGUGAUGCUAUACAUUUGUUAUGUUCUUUAUCUGAUACUGGCCUGUGAUUCAUACAUGAGGCUGCAAUGUUGCAACUGCAAAGAUAAAACCCUUCAACCUGCUGGCUCUCUGCCUGGAGGGUUCACUGCCACCACACCCAUUCACCAACAGCAUUGGUGCAACGGCACCUGCCAAAGAACUGCAUCUGUAUCUGAAGUGAAGCACUCCUGUGAAAUCUAGUAGGACAAUACAAAAAGGAUAACGAUGGUGUAAUGACCAACAAAUCUGAAUCAAGGUUUGGAUAAUUUAAGAGGAUAGAGCAUUUCAGUUUGGUAGAAUUGCACUUUGAGAGGCCUAAGGUCAUGAGCAUGCAAAUUUCUACCCAUGUCUGCUAUCCUGCAAAAUGGCAAAAGUGCUGCACUCUUAAGCCUAGUGCAAAAUGCCAACUUUAGCACAAAGCAUUCUACGAUCUGACAGGUGAAACCAACACAUCUGGUUUAAAACAUAACAACUUGGCACACAAACCAUAGUUAUUUAAAAAUUAACUUCAAUGUCUAUCUGAAGUUAUAAAAUCAUGAAAAAUAUUUAGUAAACAUCAAAAAGAAGGGAAAAAAAACUUAGCAAAAAAUAGCAUUUUUAAAAAAUGAAAAAAAAAAAUGCAAUAAGGAGAGGGGAGUUUCUGAGAGAGUGGAACAGUUCAUGUAGUGGGGUGUGUGGGAGUGGGGCAGGGCAGGCUGCUGUACUGAUGGCUGUUGGUGUCCUGUAUCAGCCCUAGGGGGGGAAAUAGGGUAUAGAGAGCAGGAUGUCCGUUUGGGACAGAACCGGAGUGCGCUAGGAGAGAUGGCCAAAG